AUGAUUCCUUGUGCGCUAGGGAUACAGCUCAUCUUGUAUUUUAUUUUAUUUAAUAUUGUAAAUGCUGACAAGUUCAACUUGAAUGUAUUGCGAUUGAAGAAUCUCGAUCCGGAGAUACAGGUUAUCGCCUUCGACGUCAACCAUGGGUCUAUUGCCUUGGGUUGCUCCGAUAGCAUUUUUAUCUAUGAAAAGCUAGAGCAAUCAUUUAAUAAUAGUAAACUAGUUGGAACUGUAGCUCUUCCGCAGCCAAUAUCUUCGGAUGAUGGUUUCUUAGAAUUGAAACUCAUAGGUCCGCAGCAAGUGCUGUAUUGCGAUCGAUUUCAAUGCCGAUUAUGUACAGUUUCAUUUAUCAAUGCGUCUUGCUCAACACUGGAACUGACGCUAAACGGCGAGACAUUGAACAAUAUGGAGAGUGCAUUCUUAUCAAGUCGCAGUUUUGAUAGAAUUUUUCUGCGCAUUGCGCAUUCGUCGAGUGAUGGAAACAAAGCAGCAAUAUUCUCAUUUGAUAUUCAAGACACGGGUUUACUCAAGCCGGAUCAGAUUGCUCCUGAUGCUGAUUAUAUACAAAACUUACACACUGUUGCUGCUUUCUCCCAUGAUUCCUUCUCAUUCUUCAUAACAUCAUCACUCCAACCUAAUGAGCCACUGAUAUUUGCUAAUAUCCCUACAGGAAAUUAUUCCAUGCUUAAGAUUACAAGAAUAUGUGAAAGUGAUAAGACAAGGUUCUUGGAGUCAAGGAUCGAUCAUUCGUUACAUUGCUCUGAUCCUGAAACAUUUGUCAAAGUUGAAGCAGCUUAUCAUGACAAACUUGGUGGACGUCUCUACAUAGCAGUUCUUCAAAAAAAUAAAGAACAUAUCAUAUGCUCAUAUAAUAUGAAUGAACUUAACAGAGAAAUGACUAGAACAUGGGAUGUUUGUCAAAAUGUUACACUGUUUGACGUUAGUCGUCAUUGUCAAAUGGUCAGAUCGGCAGAUGAACUUCAAGAACAUUGCUAUAUAUUCACUAGAGCUGCUGAAAACUAUCGCAGUCAGAGUUGUGUCAAAUUCGGAUUGAGCGACGAAACGUAUGAUAAUUGCAAAUUGAAUGAAGUUCAAUCAAGAUCUUAUCGUUAUGCUUGGCUUGAAAAUUUCAAACCAAUCAAAGGAACGAUAGUUGCAAGGAUUAACAGAGGCGAGAUUGGAUCCAUACUUGCAGAUCAUAUACACAAUGCUUUGUUUGUUGGAGUUCGAUACAACAAAGAACAAGAUAUAAUAAGAAUCUUGAUGGAUACUAAUGCUUUAAAGAAAGCGAGUCGAAGUGUUUGGCAACAGAAAACAGCAUAUUCAGCGAGAGUUCCCAUAAUUAGUUCCAAUGAGGGAACACAACUAUUCUAUUUGAAUAGAACAAGUAUUGCUAAAAGCAAACUGGAUUGCCAAAGCUUGUAUACAUCGUGCUCAAUGUUAGAGAGAGGAGGAUUCCAUGAUUCUCUCGGUUGCAUCUGGUGUCCUGAUCCAGAGAAACAGUCUGCAUUGUCUGCAACCAAUAAAUUGGGAUGCUCGCAACCGUUAAGCAAUGUUUGCCCACCUAUUAUUGAUCAUGCAAAUAGAGACAGUGGUGCAUUGGAUUGGCAAGUUUUCGGAAGUAAUCUCUUGAGACUCGAAAAGUCCGAUGUUCUCAUUUGUGGAAUGAAAUGUACUGUUAACAGAACAGCUUCAACUAACUCAAAAUUACAAUGUUCUUUAACAUCAGAACAAGAUUAUAACUGUGACGUGAAAGUUAUUGGUAUUCUGGGAGAACAUAAUCAAUUCAUCAUGAAAGCGCCUAAGAUUACAAGCAGUGUUAUACCUGAACGAAUGGACGCACAGAAUAAAUCGCUUUCAAAGGGAGACAAGGCAAUCAUUGCUAUUAGUGCUGUCAUUGUGUUAAUCAUAGUAUUGGCUUUAAUAAUUUAUUUCGGUCGGCGUUUAGUACAACAGAGAGAGAAAAGGGAUCAACCUUUGACAUUCCCUCUUGGAACAUUCGAUAGAACCGCAUCAAGAGAUAUGGAUUCUGUUAGUCAGAACUACUAUCUGGAUUUAUAUUCUGUGAAAGUGCCAUCAAGAUAUAAGAUAGAUAUCAACGAUAUUAAAGUUGAAAGACUCUUAGGAAAAGGUGGAUUUGGAACUGUAAUGUUAGCAAUUCAUCAAGAACAAAGAGUUGCUGUAAAGAUUAUGUCAAGUGAUGCUACUGAUCAUCAGAAGUGUUCUGAGUUUUUGGAAGAAGGAUUGAUAUUAGCCAACUUUGAUCAUGAGAAUGUAUUGAAACUGAUUGGAAUUGCUUUCAUCGAUAAGCCUGCCAUUGUCAUGGAAUAUAUGGAAAAGAAGGACUUACACACCUAUCUUAGACAAGAAGAUUUGCAAGUUACAUUGAAAAAUCUGUUGAACUACGCCAUAGGAGUUGCAAACGGAAUGGCUCAUAUACACUCGAAGGGGUAUAUCCAUAGAGAUCUGGCAGCUAGAAAUUGCAUAUUGAAUUCAAAUGAUGUUGUUAAAAUAAGUGACUUUGGUAUGAGUAGAGAGAUUGAAGAUGGAACGUACUUCAUCAGAAAUGUGUCUCGUAAGCUACCCAUUAAAUGGAUGCCACCUGAGGCUAUGAUGAACAAUAACAAAGCUGACACAAAGUUAGAUGUAUGGGCUUACGGAGUAGUAGUUUGGGAAAUUAUGACACGAGGUGGAGAUCCAUAUGACGGUAUUGAUGGAGGAGAUUUGAAAGAUAAUAUCUUGCAAGGAUAUCGUCUAGAAAAACCAGAGUACUGCCCAGAUCAAAUUUAUAAUGAAGUCAUGAUGAUGUGCUGGAAGUUAGAUCCCACCGAAAGACCGCCAUUUGAUGAGCUAGUCGCAAUCUUAAAUAAAAUACUUAUAGAAAUGGGAGCGCGUCAGAAGAGUGCCCUCGAGUUUCAUUAUCAACGGCUCACAGACUGUUAUGAAAAACCAUAA